AUGAAAGAAUUAGAAGGAGAUACGUUGCUGCGGGCACCAUCUAAUGUUGAUUUUCCGAUAAUAGAGCGUCAACCGUCUUCAUACAAGCCGCUUUACACUUAUCUUCUUGACAAGGAAAAAAAGCAAUACCAGCAGCAGUAUGGGGAUAUGUACUUUUUACGGCUAGCUAAAUUGAAGCCAGCAGUAGAGCGGAUUGCUUCCAACGCAUGGGAUGAAGAAACGAUUGCUGGGGAGACAGUCAAGAAGGUGGAAAGAGUGCUGGAUGUUAGACAAGGAGACCUAUGCUGGAUAACUGGCACAAUAUACAUGGAUAUGCCCCUUAAGCCAAACAUACUUGAUGAGAUUGCAAAAGAUCACUGGCAAGCUGCACCGCCACCGAGACCAAAGUAUCUCUCGUCGGAGGGUGAAAACCUUACCAUGCUUGAGGACGAGUCAGGGAGGCUAAGAUUAAUUGGAGCUCGAUUAAUCAACGAGAUCCUAGUGACAGGAUGUAUUGUGGCGGUUAUGGGGACCGAAAAUGCGAACGGAGAUUUUGAAGUCGUAGACAUUAAGGUGCCAGAUCUACCACCUCAAGCUAAGCGAUGGCAGACCAUAGCAAAUUUAGAGCAGUCACGCAAUGCAGCUCAAUUACUACAAGGGGAUGAUGAUGAAGAUAUGGAUAAGCCUAUAACUUCGGGUAAUAAAAUUGCAAUUGUAUCAGGCCUCGAAUUUUCCGGCUCUAAUGCGGAUCACUAUUUGGAGACGCAACUUCUCGUCGAAUACCUCCUCGGAGAAGCCCUUAGUUCAGCUGCACAAGAAAGUGUGGCUCAAAUAAGCAGGUUGAUUAUUGCUGGAAACUCAAUCGCAAGAGAUGAUGAAGUCUUUUGUCAUGAUACCAUUGGCAAUAAUCGAAAGGCACAUAAAAAAUAUGGCUAUGAUAGUAGCGCCUAUAACCCAACCCCAACUUCACACCUUGACAAUUUUCUCUCGUGUUUACUGCCCAGCAUACCCGUCACCCUCAUUCCGGGUGCUACCGACCCAGCCAAUGUAUCUCUUCCCCAGCAACCUUUACACCCUGCCCUAUUUCCCCAUUCUAAAUGUUAUGGACCAUCAGCACAGAAUUUUCAAACUACAGCCGAACCCGGAUGGCUCGACUCGGUGACAAACCCAUGGAACGGGGAGAUUGAAGGCUGGAAUUUUUUUGUCACUGGCGGUCAGAAUGUGGAUGAUAUAUUCAAGUAUCUAGUGAUUGGGGACCGUUUGGAAAUCUUAGAAGCAUUGUGCCGAUGGCGGUGCUGUGCUCCGACAGCUCCAGAUACUUUAUCAAGUUACCCAUUUCAAGAUGACGAUCCUUUUGUGCUCGAAUCAUGUCCUCAUGUAUUCAUAGUAGGUUCACAACCUAAGUUUGAAACAACCUUGAUCGAAGGCCCGGAAGGCCAAUCCGUACGAUUGAUCGCUGUUCCUAAAUUCUCAGAAACCGGUGAGAUAGUCCUAGUUGAUACCGAAACUCUGGAGACAUCUGUGAUUAAGAUUCUGAUACCCUAA